CUUCCGUCGGCCAUCGUGUGCCGCCUGUGGUGUGUGUGUGUAUGUGUGUGAAAGUGUAUGUUUAUUUAACCCUCCCGUUUUACCGGAGCAGUAGAAAAUAAUCGCAAUUGUUCCAAACCUCCCGAAACGGCGAUGCAAAUACAGUGCUUUGCUGAUAGUGCUUGGCAGUAAUACCCGCAAUACACCCAGCAGCAGUGGCAGUGGCAGUUUCACUAGUGAAUGCUACAAAAUGUCGUCCAACAGUGAGCAGAACUGCGAGGUGCAGCUGGCGGCCGAAAUCGAGGUGUUGAAGAGUGCGCUGGCAGAUAAGCACUCGCAGCUGCUGGCGAUGGAAAGUGCCUGUCUGCAGGAGAGUGACCGGCAGGUCGAGCUGGAGGAUAGCAUCAUCGCCUGGCAGGACAAGUACGAGCGGUUGUACGAGUCGCACAAGCGCGUCCAGAAGCUGAACCAAAACCUGGAGGACAAGCUGCUGAAGCUGGUCGAUCGGAACUCGGGCGAGCGGGCGCAGCUGACGAGCGAUGUGGCGACGCUGAGCGUUCGGUUGGCCCAGGCCAACUACAACAUCCAGAGCCUGAAGCGGGAAAUUGAGCGCUACAAGACCGACAUCAGUGUUGCGAUACAACUGCUACAGUGUAAACCGGACAGCUUCGUAUCGCCUAAACUUUCCUCGCUUCCAAUCGAAAUACAAUCGAAGGUGGCCACGUACAUGCGCCUCGACACGAACUCCCACUCGGACUCGGAGGGUAGCACGAGCGGCGUUGGUAUGGCCACCACCAACGCGUACCACGUGCUGCCAGCCUCCGACAGUCCACCGCCCAUCUGUCCCUUCCCCCCGACCGCCAUGGUCUAUUCCAUGCGAGGGCUUGGUAAGUGUUAG